CCUCCCCCGAUAAAAUCAGACCAAACUUGGCCUUGAGGAUCCCCUCCUCACCAGACACUGCCCCCCUUUCCCAACACAACAACCUACACAGACACUGAGACUGUGACACACGCUCACACAUAUAUACACACGCCUACAUACUAAAUGGCUGAGACAGAGGUUGAUCUGUGUCCCAUGUCCCUCUUUCCUGUCCUGCUCCAUGUUUAAGCUUCUGGGUCUUAAGAUAUCUUGAGAUAUAGUGGUAAUAUAGAAUAUAUAGUGAAUAGUGGUAGUAUAAAUAGAAGAAGUGGUGGUGUUGGUGGUGGCGGUGGAGAUGAAUAGUGGUGGUGUUGGAGUGGGUGGUGGAGGUGGGGCUGGUGGGGGGGCCGGGGGAGUGACAGGAGGAAUGGGGUCAGGCGUUUUGGCAAUGAGGUCUCCGUUUACAGUGUCUCAGUGGCAAGAACUGGAACACCAAGCUUUGAUUUUUAAGUACAUGAUGGCAGGUUUGCCUGUGCCACCUGAUCUUGUGCUCCCCAUUCAGAAGAGCUUUGAGUCCAUUUCUCAUAGAUUCUUCCACCAUCCCACCGUGGGUUAUUGCUCCUUCUAUGGGAAGAAGGUUGACCCGGAGCCAGGGCGAUGCAGGAGGACUGAUGGAAAGAAGUGGAGAUGCUCCAAAGAUGCAUACCCGGACUCCAAGUAUUGUGAGCGCCACAUGCACCGUGGCCGCAACCGUUCAAGAAAGCCUGUGGAAUCACAAACCAUUACACAGUCAUCGUCCACUGUGACAUCACUGACUGUUACUGGAAGCAGCAGUGCAACUGGAAGCUUCCAGAACCUGCCAUUGCAUGCCUUUGGUAAUCUUCAGGGCACUGGUUCCGGAACUAACCAAUCCCAUUAUAAUAUGGACUCCAUUCCCUAUGGAAUCCCUAGCAAAGAUUACAGGUAUGCUCAAGGACUUAAGCCUGAGGUUGGUGAGCAUAGCUUCUUCUCUGAAGCUUCAGGCAGCAACAGGGGUCUCCAGAUGGAGUCACAGCUAGAUAGUCCAUGGCCUCUGAUGCAAUCCAGAGUCUCGUCAUUCGCCACAUCAAAGUCAACUGAUAACUCCAUAUUGCAGAGUGAUUAUCCCCAGCAUGCAUUUUUCAGUGGUGAAUUUGCCUCUGGGGAACCUGUGAAGCAGGGAGGUCAGUCUCUUCGACCCUUCUUUGAUGAGUGGCCUAAAACACGUGACUCUUGGUCCGGCCUUGAAGAUGAUAGAUCCAACCCAGCCUCAUUUUCUACAACCCGUCUUUCAAUAUCAACUCCAAUGGCUUCGUCGGGCUUGUCCACGCCAAGUUCUCGUUCACCACAUGAUAACUAAGAAUUGAUGGAGCUGUUACAGAAUGUGCUAGCAAAUUAUAGCAAUGUUUAACAUGUGGAUGCUCGAAGAAGUAUCGGUUGAUUCCAUACCUGGAAGUAAUUUCAUUUUCUAUCAUGGUUAGAAACUGUUGUGGGUUAUCUGCAUUGAUGUUUGUGUAUUGCUACAUUUGAAAGCUGUGCAAACUCCAGUUUUAGUUGUGGAAUAGUUGUGGAAUAAAACAAAACAAAAACUCAAGCUGAUGGUGAUUGAGAAAACCCAAAAAAUUGUGAUCAGAUUGUAUUGAACCAGCGGGCAACAAUUUUUUGGCUUCACUUUGGUUAAUUACUUGCUGCUUACCUUGGUAUGUAAAAUUGUCAGCUUUUUCAGGAAAGAGUUGCAAUUAUGUUAUCAUGCAGGUGUUAGUAUAGCUUGCAAAUUAAAUUCUGAUUUUAUACCAAAUAAACGUCUGCUAAUUAUUAAUGCA